GAUAACAACACGCAGCUCUCUGAACUGUCUAACGGCAACACAUUGCUCAGCGGUCACUGGUGAGUGUGGAAGCUGAGGCUCAUGAUUUUGCCCCGAACCUUCUUCUUUGGUUCUGGAAUUAAUAAGUGUCAGGAGAGAGUCUUCCGAGGUCCGUCAUGAGCGUCCCUCUCUACGCGCCGACUCCCCUGCAGCCUCCCCAGCCCACUCCCUUCUACAUCGAGGACAUUCUGGGGCGAACCAGCUCCAGCUCCGGCACCUCCUCAGCUGUCUCCUCAUCUCCAUCCUUUUCCUCGCCGCUGCUCCCGUCUCCGAACUCGUCCUUCACGAGUCUCAUCUCUCCGUACCGGACUUCGGUGUAUGAGCCCACACCGAUCCACCCGGUGCUGUCGCACCACGCGGCGGCUCUGACCGGCCCAUACGGCGUGUUUGGCAGCUCCAUCUAUCAGCUACACCCGCCACAGACCCACCGUACCAUGGGGGAGUACGCGCAAGCGCUGCUCCGCCAUGACCCACUUGGUAAGCCCCUACUGUGGACCCCCUUUAUCCAGCGGCCACUACAUAAAAGAAAGGGAGGUCAGGUGCGGUUCUCCAACGACCAGACCAUUGAGCUGGAGAAGAAGUUUGAGACUCAGAAGUAUCUUUCACCCCCAGAGAGGAAGAGAUUGGCCAAGAUGUUGCAGCUCAGCGAGAGACAGGUGAAAACCUGGUUCCAAAAUCGACGAGCAAAGUGGCGUAGACUUAAACAGGAGAACCCUGCCGGGUCCAAGAGAGAUGGGGAAGAGGAGACCAGCCGAGGACACAAGGCAGAGCAGGACUCUUCAGGGACACAUAGCUCAGAAAGGAGACACACUGUAGUGAGCUCUGAGGGUCUCCAGGGCAGCUGCUUGUGUUCAUCUUCACCCCUUCCGUCCCACACAGACUCUGAGGACACAGACCAGGAGCUGGACAUCGAUGACGAUGAGAAGCUCUGAGAAGUACUGGAUCCACUCGGAUUUUAUAAUGACUGGAAACUAAGCAGAGAAAUAAACACUUGUCCACUUCGAUUUUGUAUAUAUUGUUAACUAUAUUGUGAUUUGUUGCUUUUGUGUGUUUUUGUCUUGUUGUGACUUUUAUGUGUUGUAUUAAAUCAUCAAGGGUAGCACAAAUAUGUUUUUUUCUUUUUCAAAUUAAAUGUUUUGUGACAAUUGAU